AAGCGAGGCUUGGUAGAGGAAGAAAAGCCGGAAGUAGUCCUCCGUGCGCAUGGCGGUAUUUGGAAAGUUAUUUCUUAUGUUUUGAAUAAACACCCAACGCCUGCCGUGUUUUGAGCGAAUUCAGUAAACUCUAUUGCUGCAACAUACAGCUCUCUAGAAGAUGGAGGCCGAUCUGUACGAUGAGUUUGGGAACUACAUCGGCCCAGAGCUAGACUCUGAUGACGACGACGACCUGGAGGCAGAUGACAGAGAUGUUGACGAGGCUGAUGAAGAUGACGAUGACGAACCCGCUGACGCCGAUGACGACGUCCCGGGCAUGGAGGUGGUCCUGCAUGAGGAUAAGAAGUACUAUCCCACAGCGGAGGAGGUUUAUGGGCCCGAAGUGGAAACUAUCGUCCAAGAGGAAGAUACACAACCUCUCACAGAGCCCAUCAUCAAGCCUGUGAAGAACAAGCAGUUCACCUUGAUGGAGCAGGAGCUACCUGCCACUGUUUAUGAUAUGGAGUUCCUCGCUGAUCUGAUGGACAGUCCAGAGCUGAUUCGUAAUGUCACCCUGUGUGGUCACCUUCACCAUGGCAAGACCUGUUUUGUGGACUGCCUGAUUGAACAAACACACCCAGAAAUCAGGAAGAGAGAUGACGUGGAUCUCCGAUACACAGACAUCCUCUUCACAGAACAAGAGAGAGGAGUCGGUAUCAAGAGCACCCCUGUCACAAUGGUCCUGCCCGACUCCAGAGGAAAAUCAUACCUCUUCAACAUCAUGGAUACACCAGGCCACGUGAACUUUUCCGACGAGGUCACAUCUGGCAUCAGGAUCUCGGACGGCAUCGUUCUCUUCAUCGAUGCAGCAGAAGGAGUGAUGCUGAACACAGAGCGUCUGAUCAAACAUGCCGUCCAGGAGCGGCUGGCCAUCACCAUCUGCAUCAACAAGGUGGACCGACUCAUCGUUGAGCUCAAAUUGCCUCCCACUGAUGCUUACUAUAAACUGCGCCACAUCGUAGAUGAGGUCAAUGGCUUGCUCAGCACAUAUUCAACAGAUGAGAACUUGGUGGUCUCGCCUCUCCUUGGGAACGUGUGCUUCGCCAGCUCCCAGUACAGCAUCUGCUUCACCCUCGGCUCCUUUGCUAAAAUCUAUUCUGACACUUAUGGUGACAUCAAUUACAAUGAGUUUGCCAAGAGACUUUGGGGAGACAUUUACUUCAAUCCCAAAACGCGCAAGUUCACAAAGAAAGCCCCCAACAGUAACUCCCAGCGCAGCUUUGUGGAGUUUGUCCUCGAGCCGCUCUACAAGAUUCUUUCACAGGUGGUCGGGGAUGUGGACACGUCUCUGCCCAGGGUUCUGGAUGAGCUGGGGAUCCAUCUGACCAAAGAGGAGCUGAAGCUCAACAUUAGACCCCUACUGAGGCUGGUCUGUAACCGCUUCUUUGGAGAGUUCACUGGCUUUGUGGACAUGUGCGUGCAGCAUAUCCCAUCACCACAAGAGGGCGCGAGGACUAAGAUAGAGCACAGCUACACAGGAGGCCUGGACUCAGACCUGGGGGAGGCCAUGGCAGAGUGCGACCCUGAUGGCCCUCUGAUGUGCCACACCACCAAGAUGUACAGCACCGAGGACGGGGUGCAGUUCCAUGCGUUUGGCAGGGUGCUCAGCGGGACCAUCCAGGCCGGCCAGCCCGUGAAGGUGCUGGGAGAGAACUACACCCUUGAAGAUGAGGAGGACUCCCAGGUGUGCACCGUGGGACGCCUCUGGAUUUCUGUGGCCAGGUAUCAAAUUGAAGUGAACCGCGUGCCUGCUGGCAACUGGGUGCUCAUCGAGGGCUGUGACCAGCCCAUCGUCAAGACCGCCACCAUCACAGAGCCCAGAGGGAACGAAGAGGCUCAGAUCUUCAGGCCGCUCAAGUUCAACACGGCAUCCGUCAUCAAGAUCGCCGUGGAGCCCGUCAACCCCUCGGAGCUGCCGAAAAUGCUGGACGGACUGAGGAAGGUCAACAAGAGCUACCCUUCUCUCACAACCAAGGUGGAGGAGUCUGGAGAGCAUGUCAUCUUAGGCACAGGAGAGCUCUACCUGGACUGCGUCAUGCACGACCUGCGCAAGAUGUACUCUGAGAUCGACAUUAAAGUUGCUGACCCAGUUGUGACUUUCUGCGAAACAGUAGUGGAGACUUCAUCACUCAAGUGCUUUGCUGAAACACCAAACAAGAAGAAUAAGAUCACGAUGAUUGCAGAGCCCUUGGAGAAGGGUCUGGCUGAGGACAUAGAGAACGAAGUGGUGCAGAUAACAUGGAACAGGAAGAAGCUGGGAGAGUUUUUCCAGACCAAGUACGACUGGGAUCUGCUGGCUGCUCGGUCCAUCUGGGCCUUUGGACCUGACACCACAGGACCAAACAUCCUUGUGGACGACACCCUGCCCUCUGAGGUGGACAAGGCUCUGCUCGGCUCAGUCAAAGACAGCAUCGUGCAGGGCUUCCAGUGGGGCACCAGGGAAGGGCCUCUGUGUGACGAACCCAUCAGGAACGUCAAGUUUAAGAUCCUGGAUGCCGUUAUCGCUCAGGAGCCGCUCCACAGAGGAGGAGGUCAGGUCAUCCCCACAGCCAGGAGAGUGGUGUACUCUGCUUUCCUCAUGGCCACUCCGAGGCUGAUGGAGCCCUAUUACUUUGUGGAGGUUCAGGCCCCAGCCGACUGCGUGUCUGCUGUCUACACAGUGCUGGCCCGGAGGAGGGGCCACGUCACUCAGGAUGCCCCCAUUCCAGGGUCUCCUCUCUACACCAUCAAGGCUUUCAUCCCAGCCAUCGAUUCCUUUGGCUUUGAGACAGACCUUCGCACACAUACACAGGGACAGGCCUUUGCCCUGUCUGUCUUCCACCACUGGCAGAUCGUCCCCGGUGACCCCCUGGACAAGAGCAUCGUGAUCAGGCCUCUGGAGCCUCAGCCCGCCCCUCACCUGGCCAGAGAGUUCAUGAUCAAGACUCGCAGGCGCAAGGGUCUGAGCGAGGACGUGAGUAUCAGCAAGUUCUUCGACGAUCCUAUGUUGUUGGAGCUGGCCAAGCAAGACGUGGUGCUGAACUACCCGAUGUGAGAGGCUCCGGUUGUGCAACAUCCACCGCCGCCAUGACUCGGACCUCCACUAGUCACAGAGCAACAAGUUCCAACCUUUUUUUAAUGUUAUUUUUAAUUUUUCAAGGAGACUUGGGGUGGAAAAGGGGACACUGGACUGGAUCUCCAAAGACUUCAUAACUUGUGUAAUGUCUUGUCUCCCAUUUUUGCAACGGGAGUCACAGAGCACCAUUACAACACCACUGACAAAAGUUGUGUAACUGGGGGAGGUCGUUGGUUUCCUAAUCAGUCAGUGAUUAAAAACAUGAAAUAUCUACAGUCCCAGGUUAAGUGUGUCAGCAGAGCAGUCGUCCUUCCCUUCAUGCCCCGUGUGGAGAGUUGUUCCUCAUAGUGCAGUCCGCUGUAAUGACUCAGUGUGAAGCUCGAAAUGGCAAACAUUGCUCAAGUACGUUGCGUCUCAUCUGUCUUGUUAUUUUUUUUAUAUGUAUAAUAAAUUCUCAAUGUUUUGUUUGUAGAAUAAGAACUUGGAAAACUUUUUUUAAUUAAAUUGGACGUCGUUGAUCUGGUGUGCGACUGGGUGAAUAAAAGUUGUCUAAUGAGAAAGA